CGAGAGUCAUCCGACACUUCGUUUAUCACACUGUUUUUGUGCUCGGGCACGGUUGUCGACAUAAAUUUCCUAAAUUCCACAUUACUUAUAUGUGUCUAUUAGACACAUUAGACACUGCUGAGCCUGUUAAGUGGUAUCCGUAAACCCUCAGAACAAUUCGGAGAGCUUGGCCCAAAUAUUGUAUUUUCUGUCGACACACCUUGUAGAGGUUCUGUGUAUUGCCACACCACCUUCUUUCCAGCGAAAUUUCGCUCUCUCCAACUUGCUCCGUGCUCAUCGCACCUACACACGUUGUUGUAACAACGCGAACGCCGAUACUCUCCAGCAGUUCGCCUAUAGCUGUAGGGCUGUAGAGCACACAGUUUCGCAGCAUCGCUGUUCGCGUAUAGCAGCAGCCCUGGGUCCGCCGUACCGCGCACGGAGAUUGGAGCACGGCCUUACUAUACAGCUGUUGUUCAAUCCAAUCAGUGCAGUGUACAUUGCUUGGAUUGGAGGAUCGUCGUGCGUCGUGAUCGUGUGCCCGGUUCAGUCCAAUUUCAAACGUCGAUCGUACCGAACGUGUUUUCUUCACCACGCGAAAGACUACCUACAGUAGUGUUCUGGAAAGUGCGCGACCGUGUUACACAACAACAGUGCGGGACGAAGGGAGAAAAAUUGAUUAAUUAUUAUCAUCGUGCGCAGGCAGGCAAGCAGACACGCAGAAAAAAACCCGCGCGCGAAGGGAAUAUACGGAGGGCGACAUCUCGCUUUCACCACGAUCGUCGUGCGUAGGUUCGCGUUGAAUACCUGUUUUGGGUUGGUGCGCGGUUAGUCGCCGCGGUUACAAAAGCAAGCGAAAAGCUGCGGAUAUUGUCAAAAAAUAUAUUCAAGUGAGCUCCGGUUGAGGCGGCUUCAAUAGGAAAAAAACCGCUAAGGAGAAAUGUAAAUUAGGGCUUUUGCGCGGUUUCCACGGGAGAUGAUCGUCGGCCGCCGACUUGUGUGUAUGAUCGUGACGACUAGAGAAGUGAGAGAAGAACGACUGACUGUGUGAAAAGACGGAGUUGUAUUUUGGAGAUCGUUCACGAAGAACGCCGAAAACGGCGCGAUCGCGAUCUACCGACUGAGCAACCCGAAAAACGACGAUUGUGAUAAGCUCUGAAAGAACGAUCACUGCCACUGCCAGAGUGUCAGCCAAUUAAGUGUAAAUUACACCGACGACGAUUUUCAUUUCCCCAGAAGAAUCAUCAGCUGAGUCGUGCCUUCGGACGGUUACGUGUCAUCCUCUUGGCACAGUCAGUGAGAGUGAUAUCACUUCCGCGCGCAGCCACCACAUGAGUUGUGGUGAUUCCCGUUGUUCUGGGCGCAGACGACGAUCGCGACUUCAGCAUCUUCUAGUUCAGUGACAGCGCGGUGCCGGAUCGUUUGAGAUCGAAGACCACCUAAGUCUAGAGCAUAGUGUGCCCCCGUAGUAGUGGAAGCAAAGACAGUGAAGACGGCGCGAAGAAUGCCUAUUUGUACGCUGCCGACGGUCAGGAUCUACGAGGACUUUGACAAGAUCAGUGCCAAGGAGGUGUAUUUUACGGAGGCGGGCGACAAGAUCACGGUGAAGUUGCUUCACUUUCCGAACUUGAGCCCGGAGGAGCAGGAACAUCUACAGAACAUGUCCGAUAGUGAUAUGAGUGGCGGAGGUGGCCCGGGGCUUCCGUUGGAGGAGCGACAGAAAGCUAGGAAGAAGUCUACGGGUCGAAAGUUGAGUGCUGAGCAGCGUAGAUCCAGCGGAAACCUGCGCCGGAACUCGAAGGAGGACAUCAGUGGAGAUGUUCACAGUGUGGCGGCGUCCCGAGUGCAUCCGUACAAUCACUAUGGUCAUCAUCAUCAUCACUACAGUCACCAUCACAGUCACAGUCACCACUAUCAGGUGCGGACUCCGCUGGUUCAGCACCCGUCCGGGGAUUCCAGCAGUGGGUCUUCCACGCCGGCGACUCCGCUGCGAUAUCGUCUGCAUCGAUCGCCCUCGCCACGGCUGGGAUCAUCCAGUUUGUGCCCGGGGUACGAACAGUACCAAAUGUCACUGCUGGAAGUGCCGCUGCCGCGGGACUAUGGCGAUGCGUCCAGCGAUGAUCUGAGUUCCGAGUGGGACUCGGAUGUGCCGGAUCGGAGCGAGCAGGGAGCGAAGCCCUCGGGAUGGCGAAAGCUACGCAACAUCGUCCAGUGGACGCCAUUCUUCCAGACGUACAAAAAGCAACGGUACCCGUGGGUGCAGCUAGCCGGCCAUCAGGGCAACUUCAAGGCCGGACCGGACCAGGGCACGGUACUGAAGAAGCUGUGCCCCAAGGAGGAGAAGUGCUUUAAGGUCCUCAUGAAAGACGUACUCCGACCGUACGUCCCAGAGUACAAGGGCCAUGUCAACAGCGACGAUGGUGAAUCCACCUAUAUCCAGUUGCAAGAUCUGCUCACCGACUUCUACCAGCCGUGCGUAAUGGACUGCAAGAUUGGCGUACGGACCUACCUGGAGGAGGAGCUUUCCAAAGCCAAAGAGAAGCCGAAAUUGCGAAAGGACAUGUACGAAAAGAUGAUCCAAAUCGACCCGAACGCACCGACUGAGGAGGAACACCGCGCCAAGGGUGUCACCAAGCCACGCUACAUGGUGUGGCGGGAAACGAUCUCCAGCACCUCGAC